UUCUCAGUUCCGUCAUCCUCAUCUGUCAAAAUCAUUUGAAGUGCUUCGUUUGUCAAAUCCACGUUGUUUUAUUUAAUUUCUCUCCAAAAUAAAUUACCGAAGCUUUAUAAAUCGGUCCUGAUUACUUUACAUAUACAUCAUGGCAAAAAAAGGUAAAGUAAAAGUAAGCAAGGUGAAGCGGAACAACCAAACCACGAAUAGAAUGAAGAAGCAGGGUAAGAUGAAGCUGCAGCGGCACCGCGCGAAGCUGCAGAAGCAGCACCAGCCGCCAGCGAAGCCCGAUAUCGAGUACAGCAGUGAGAGCGAGGCGUCGGCGGACGAGUGGGGCGAUAUGCUAGACGAGGACCAGAAGGCCUACAUUAUGAAGAGGCUGGCCAAGAACCCGAGGUUCCUGGCUGAUGUGCCGGAGAAGGAGGAUGAGAACAAAUCAAACAGAAAACGCAAGAAGAUUGACAAAGAGAAGGUGCCAAAGAAGCGUCCACAAGCAGGAAGCGACAGUGGUGCGGAGAGUGACUCCGCCUCCGACAGUGACUUUGAAGAGAAGUAUGAACAAGAGAUGGCGGAGAGGCCGGCCAAGAGGAUGCGGGCUCUGCUGCCCAUUAAAACUAAACAGGGGCUUAUGGAGAGGACUGAGGAGUGCCCAGACACAGAAUCAGAAAAAGAGGAUGAGCCAGAACCUCAAAAACCAUCUCAAACAGAAGAACCCCAGGAUUCAGACUCCGACUCCGGCCUGGAAGGAACGGGUGAGGAAGACACCGAGAUCCCAGAGGGUGGGGUGGUCAGUACGGUGGAGCUGAUGGCUGCGAGGAGAGACCGGCUGAAUCAUGAGAAGCUCAGGAUUGGGGCGCUAUGCUCUUCUCUGCUUGAGGAACCGGAGAAAAAGCUGAAAAACUUAUACCCAAUACUCUACCUAAUGGAGGAGCGUCUAAAAGACAACACUCUGAACCUUCACUCAGUCCGCAAAAUCGCCACACUGUCAGCCUUCGAGGUGUUCAAAGAUGUCUUACCGGAGUACCAGAUAAGGCAUCAAGACUACUCCAAUGUCAAAUUGAAGAAGGACACAUUAGCUUUAUACAAGUAUGAAAAGGAGUUACUAGAAUUCUACAAAAGAUAUCUACAGAGGCUUGAGAAAGCGUGCACAGUUCUAAGACCGAAAAAAGGAGACACAAGGAAACCAGACCCAGCUGCCGUCAGCUUAGCCAUAGUGUCCCUUCGCUGCCUCUGUGGCCUGCUAGUCGCCCGGCCAAUGUUCAACUACGCUACGAAUAUCGCGCAGACCACCGUGCCUUUCCUCGAUUGUGGUCACACUGAUGCCGCUGAUAUCGCCACGGAGUGCGCGAAGACUGUCUUCCAGGAGGACGCUAAAGGGGAAAUUACUCUGACAAUCGUGCGGUUAAUCAACCAACUGGUAAAACGGCGCGGCGAGCGUCUAAAGCCCACUGCGUUGCGUUGCCUCCUUAGUCUGAAGAUUAGGGACAUCGACCUCGACGCUGAGGCUGACGUCAAACACAAGAAGAAAGUUGAGGAGAAGCAUAAAAAGAGGAUCGUCAACUUGUCCAAGAAAGAAAAGAAGCGAGCGAAGAAACUGAAAGAGGUAGAACGCGAGCUCCUAGAGACAGAAGCGCAGGAAAGCGAGGUGUCGCGCCGGAAGCAGCUCACAGAGGUCACCAAGACCGUGUUCCACAUCUACUUCCGGUUGCUGAAGACCGCGCCGAGGUCCAAGCUGCUUUCUGCCGCACUAGAUGGAUUAGCAAAGGGAGAAAAUCUCUUUUCCACGUCAUUAGAUUUUAAAAUCGUUCGUCAUUUAGACCCGACGCUAGAAUCUCCUGCACUUUGUUACGCACGCACGGCUGUGCUGACUGAGUUGUGUGCUUUACAACACCACUACCAUCCUGUGCGGCAGGCAGUCACUAAGAGUGAUAGUAAGAUAUCAGCCGUGCACCUGUUCGAGCAAUACGACGGGUCCCAGAUGGCGUUCAAGCCUUCCAUCCCCCCUCCCAGGCCCACCAACAAGGCCAAGGUGCCGCCUGCCCACGCGUGGGCGCAGCGCGACUUCAAACAACUGUGUGAGGAUGUUGAGAGUGCAGUGAACUUGAGUGGAGUGGACUUUGCGUCGCCUAGGUGAAACGGUGAUGAAGAUGGUAGUUAAUAAAUGUUAAUAUUCAUUA